AGCUGCGCGGCGAAGGUGCGCGCCGCGAGAGGUUAAGCCGUACCUGUGCUCCGCUCGGCGCUCGCUCCAUCAGUUGUCACUUGUCAUAUCCGCGGAGUAGUCGUGCGCGGCGACUAAAAAGUAAGCGACACACACGGACACCGCAGACUCGUGUCGUUUAACGCGAAGAAGAGGACGAUCGAGACAACAUGUGGAGCCCGACGCACGUCCAGGUCAUAGUUCAACGUGCCAAGGGCCUCAUCACCAAGGGAAAGAACAAGACCAACGACUGCUUCGUGACGAUCGCGUUGGGCAAGGAGAAGUACCAGACGUCGGUGAAGGAAAAGGCUGCGGAAAAUGUCGAGUGGCACGAGGAGUGCGAGCUGCAGAUACCCCAGCAGGGCAACACCGCCGAGAUCGUUCUCACAGCCCUUCAUCGGAAUUUCAUCGGGGUCGACGAGUUUCUCGGCACCGUGCGCAUACCGCUCUCCAGCUUCGACAUCUACGAGAUGCCCAAGAACCGGUGGUACGAGCUGACCGGUAAACCAGGAAAAGAGAACACGAAGGAGCGGGGCAAACUCGAAGUUCGUAUCGGGUUCAUCGUGCGAGCGGGAAGUCUGACGGACCUGACGAAAAAGGAGCGACACAAGAGCUCGCUAGGACAGCUAUCGUCGGCGGCACAGUCGUUCGGAGGCAGUUUGCUCAGCAUAGGCAGUCUGGAGAAGCGCAAAGGCCUGAAGAAGCUCGCUAAAUCGAUAGGCAACAAAGUCAAGGGCAAGAGUCGGAGCAAGAGCAAGCUGGACGAUAUCUGCGACGAGGAGGAGUUCAGGGUGGGAGAGAGACCCAGGACAGCUGGACAGGAGCACGGCGACGCCGAUCCCGGAGUUGUCAGUGACGAGGACGACGAGUUCACGUUCGACGAUCUGUCGCACAAGAGCUCGACCUCGUCGUUGAAUUCCUCGCAAGCGGCGAACCAGGCCUGGAAGAACAGCGAGAAUCUGUCCCGAGACAACCGCAACAACUCGCCUCUGCCUCUGUCGGACUCGUCUAGCGUUAAUCUAUCCAACCAGGACAACAAACAAGCGACGAGCAAUAGUUCGGCAAACACGCCGCCGUCCAAACCGCCGAGGUUCGCGCUAAAUACCAGUAACAGCAAUCUUAGCAGCUCGAAAACCGAGAAACCGGUACCGGCAGCUCGGGAAAACCUACCGCCACAGCCGAACGUCGCAGAGGACGAGUGGGGACAAAAGCUUUACGGCCUGCAAACCGCUAAUGCGCUAAAGAGGUGGGAUAACAAGAGGAACAGUCCAAAGAUCAUAGUCGACGAGCCACGUGAUAGUCCCAUUGCGGAAGAUCGCAGCAACUCGCCGAUCACGCGACUGAGAGCUGAAGUCGCUCAGCAACAGCAGACUCGCAAAGAGGAAGAGAAACAGAGAAAGGAACAAAAGAAACAGGAGAAAAAGGAUAAGAAAGAGAAGAACCACCAGAAAUCCUCGUCCGAGAGAAUCAUCAUUGGCGGCGAGGAAACAAACACGACACACUCGACGACGACGCAACAGACUCGGUUGCCCCGUGAGAUCAUCGAACAGUUCGAUGGCAAAUCCAGAGAGGAUUUGAUCGAGCUAGUGAUGAAGCUCCAGCUGGACGUUGCCGAUAAGAAGAAACGGCUGCAUGACAUGGAGGACUACAUAGACGCUCUUCUCUUGAGGGUGAUCGAAUGCUCGCCACGACUGCUGCAGAACCCUUACCAGCCGGCGCGCCGACUCUCCUCCCCAGGAAACCAGUGAGACGUUCUAUCGCGAUUAAUCCUCAUCAUCAUAAUCAUCACCGGCCUCAUCGACACGUACUCGUCUUCCUGCGAAAUCGCGCUCGCGCUGCCGAUUUAUAUAUCUCUGUACAUACGAUUUUACACAGUGGUAACAACACGAGUGCGGAGACGUUUGUUGAAUUUACCCCCCACCCCAAUUGAGAUUUUACUUAUUGAGAUCCGUCCAAUCUUCCCCUCAUUCCAAGCUCUCCCCCUAAUACUAUUAGCUUUCUCACCAACUAUCUCUGAACUAAAUGAUAAUAUAUUUUAUUGAUAAUCUCGACUGUCAAUUUUCAACGCUCCAACGUGCCUUAUAUAAUAACGAUUACAAGCAUAUUAAUAUUAUAUAAAUAAUAUAUACGCGGAGUAAGCAAUUUCUAAAAUUGCCUGUGGGUCCAAUUAGGUUGUAGCUGAGAAAAAAGAAACUAGUUUAUUAAAGUAUAUAAGCUGUUAUAGCGCCCUAGAUUUUAAGAAAUAAUCGAGAUGAUAUAUAUAUAUUUAUAACUCUUGAGAGUAUUUUAUUAUGUUGAACGAUCUAAUCAUAUCAAAACAGAGUGACGAAAAUUAAAGUGAUCUAUUUAUCAAAAAAAAAAAAAAAAAAAAAAAA